GGCAUUUGGAGAAGUAUGGGAGAGGUCGUGAAAUUUUGAUAUUUUCACCUUUUCUCCUCAAACACUUACAUAGAACAACGAAGUACAGUAACAGUAGUACAUGCAUAGCACGUAACAGAAAAACAAAACAACUUCAACAUGAAACCCGCAUCACUAGAACUAGCACAGAGAAUCAGCAGAACAAUAAUCUCAGCCUCAAAGAACCACACAAAAAGCAAACCUCAUCAUCAUCACCCAUGGACCUCACAAAUCGAACAAACCCUUCACAACAACCUCAACCAAAAUCUAACCCCAUCCCUUGUUUCCUCCAUCAUCGACCCUUUCCUCCUCCAUCACCAUUCCCUCGCUUUGGGCUUUUUCCAUUGGGCUUGUCAACAACCAGGGUUUACUCAUACUUCUUCUACCUUUCACUCCAUUCUCAAAUCUCUCUCCCUCACACAAAACCACUCUCAGUCUAAUUACCACUCUCUUCUUUCACUUCUCAAAAAAGCUCAGUCUUUUCAUUUCCCAAUUCACCCUUGCGUUUACCGUUCGGUUAUAGCCAUGCAUAUUUCACGUAAUUACUUACUUCAAGCUCUCUCCAUUUUCAAUGAGGUUGCUUCGUUGAUCAAUGAAAUUGGUGCACCCACUUGUAACUCACUUCUGGCUGCACUUAGUUCUAACCAUAAUGAUAAUGCAUAUAAGGUGUUUGAUGAAAUGAUUGUAAAGGGUGUUUCUUUUAGUACAUUAGGGUUUGGGGUUUUUGUUUGGUGGGUUUGUAAAGAGGGUGAUUUAAGGAAAGUGUUGGGUUUGUUGAAUGAGGUGGGAGAAUGUGGUUCGGAGAUUAACGGGUCUGUUGUGGCGGUUAUGAUUGUUAAUGGUUUGUGUUUUGCUGGGAAGGUGAGUGAAGCUAUGGUGAUGUUGUCUGAAUUGAGGAAUAGAGGGUGGAAGCCUGAUUUUAUGGCUUAUUGGAUUGUGGCGAAGGGGUUUAGGGAAAUGGGGAAUGUGGUUGAUGAGAUUAAGGUUUUGAAGAUGAAGAGGAAGUUAGGUGUGGCUCCGAGAAGUAGUGAUUAUAAAGAGAUUAUAUUUGAAUUGGUUUCGGAGAAGCGGAUUCGUGAAGCUAAGAUGAUUGGGGAGGUUAUUGUUGGAGGUAAUUUUGUUGUUGAGGAUGAUGUUUUUAAUGUUUUGAUUGAAUCUGUGUCGGAUGUUGAUCCUAUUGGGGCGAUUGUGUUUUUUAAUUAUGUUGUUGAGAGGGAAAGGUUUUUGAGUGUUACGAGUUUGAAUAGAUUGAGUUGGAAUUUGUGUAGGGUGGGAAAGGUGGAUGAAUUGUUGGAGGUGUUUCGUGUUUUGGAUUGUCGGAAUUAUUUCAAGGAUGUGGAGGGUUACAAUGUGAUGUUGUUGUGGCUGUGCGAAGCUAGGAGAGUGAAAGAAGGAUAUGCUGUUCUACAGGAAAUGAAAAAGAAAGGGUUGAAUCCUGAUGUAACGUCUUACAAUUAUGUGAUGGAAGCGUGUUGUAAGGAGGAUUUGCUUCGCCCUGCUAGGAAGCUUUGGGAUGAGAUGUUUGCGAGUGGUUGUUGUGGGAACUUGAAAACAUAUAAUAUUCUGAUUCAUAAGUUUUCGGAAGAGGGGCAGAUUGACGAGGCUGAGAUGUUGUUUAACCGGAUGCUGGACAAGGGAGUCGAACCGGAUAGUGCGAGUUACAAUUUUCUUUUACAAGGGCUCUGCCAAGAAGACAGACUUGAACAAGCUUUUGAGCUCUAUAACAAGUCUGUCAAACAGGAUAUUACCAUUGCAAGAGACAUAUUGAGCUCGUUUAUAUUAUCACUCAGCAAGAAAGGACAUCUAACAGCUGCUUCCAAGUUACUUUGCAGUCUCAGUCAUAAUAUAGGACACGCAGAAUCCCACGUAGUUUUGUUGAAAUGUUUGGCAGAUGCAAGAGAAAUUCCAAUUGCUAUUGAGCAUUUGAGGUGGGUUCAGGACAAGUCGCCUUCAAUGCUACAAGAUAUAUGUACCGGACUUUUAGCUUCCCUUUCUGUUUCUAAAUGCCCAGAGCCAAUAUUACAGUUUCUUCAAAGAAUUCAAGGUUGACAAUGCUACAGACAGAGAAUUCUCCUGGAUACUGUUAAGUUAUUUCACAUAUGAACCUUGUAAUAAAGGCCUACAUCUCCUCUGAUGGGGUGUGGUUCAUGGAUGACUUGAAAAAUGAAAACAAUCCUGACUUGAGGUUGAACCUACAGAAGAGCACAUCAUAAUUGAACUUACUACAUAGACAGACUUUCAAAAUCUCUGCAUUUCUCACUGAACUUCACCCUAAUGUGGUGGCUGCGAGCGAGAUGUGGACAAAGGACACAUAAUGCUAAGGAUGAAACUGUAGUUCGAGUGACAAAUGAUUCCAGUGGUCAGUAGGUGUGCCUAGAUGGAUCCAUUCCAAGAGACAUCAAAAACAACAAGUUUACUGGUUGGUGUUUCUAAUGGGUACUGAAGAUUACAUAAGGUUAUGUAUGUUGGCAGGAACUAUGAAAGAGAACAUUCGUAGAUGAAAUAACUGACAAAUUCACCUACACGCUAUACUGGAGUGUUGGCAUGAAGCACUUAGAAAAAGUUGAUCUCCCUACCAUUAUCUUAGUAAAAAUAUAUGAUAACAUGGUUGUCGGAGUACUUUUUUUUUUUUUAAGUACAUCUCAUUUGGUGUUAUAUGAUUAACACACUUUCCUUGCCAACUGAAAAUUAUGGCAUUUUAAACUUGAAAUAGAUGAUAUUACUAAUCCCCAUCAUUAUUCACGAAUACUUGCAUUCUUCUAUGGAAAAUGCUCAUUUUACCCUUAUAACAUGGUAUUGAUAACAGGUUACAUAGAACCAACUCAUAUUCUUCCCUUCAAUCUCUUCAGGACCAAGAUUCUCCUAUCUUGAUUAUUCUUCAAGAUCUGCUGCCCAAGAAUUCUGUCAUUUCGGUCUUCAUAAAGAACAGUAGUACCAGAAAAAAAUACUCCUUGAAGCUCACCCAAGGACUAG